AUGUUUGGGCAGGAACCCCGGCUCCCUGUGGACUUCCUGCUCGGGCAGGCACCAGAGCCGUGGGGGGGCACCACCCAUGAGUGGAGCCCAGCAAGCGAGUUGUCAGAAGAGGACGACCUGUUCCUCCUGAACCAGGACCCUCUGCAGCCUCAGGAGGGUUUUAAACGCUCAAUCGUUCGCACCCUUGUCCUCUCCCUCAUUGGAGCUGCAAAUAAGGCUCUAGGGCUGAAGGUCCGACACCGUGACGGAGAGAGACGUGUGUCUGUCGCCCGUGGAGACGAGGAGCAGCGGAGCCCGACGCCGCCAUACGCUGUGAGAGCUGCGGCUAAUGACAACCGUCUCCACACGAAGGCUCAGACCGUCAAGAAGGCCCAUUCCUGCUGCUCGUUCUGA